AGGAUGACAGCUGGCUUCAUGGGCAUGGCUGUGGCCAUCAUACUCUUUGGAUGGAUUAUCGGGGUGCUGGGGUGCUGUUGGGAUCGAGGCCUUAUGCAGUAUGUGGCAGGGCUUCUCUUCCUCAUGGGAGGAACCUUCUGCAUCAUUUCACUGUGCACGUGCGUGGCUGGAAUCAACUUUGAGCUCUCCCGCUACCCCCGCUACCUGUACGGACUUCCCGACGACAUCAGCCAUGGCUAUGGCUGGUCCAUGUUCUGUGCGUGGGGGGGCCUGGGCCUCACUCUUAUCUCUGGCUUCUUCUGCACUCUGGCCCCUUCUGUCCAACCUGUCCCCAGGACCAACUGCCCCAAAUCUAGACCUGAGAAUGGGACAGUGUGCUAAAACAAAUAGCAAACAAAUACACACACACACACACACAUAUAUAUAU